ACUCCGUUCAACCUUGAACGAUUUUCGCUCAGGCUUCUGGCUGGUCAUCUAAAACUCACAAGGGGUCCUUCCGUAGUAGUACAAGACCGAGGGCGCCUGUCUGGAAUGAUCGUGCGAAAUGAGCACUGAGGUGUGUCCAUUCUGUGGGAAUUCCUACAAAAGAUUGAAGAGCCACCUUCCCCACUGCAAGGAAGCAGCCAAGCAACCUUUAACCCCCGAUGCCCCGGCAGCAUCGCAGACAUCUAACAGCCUGGAUGCAGACUGGCCCCAAAAGAAGGGGACAAAGUCAUCAACACUCAAAAAGAAAGUUUCAGUGCCACCGGAGGUGCCCGAGAAAAAUGUAAAGUCAACACCACCCUCAUCUUCGUCUCUUAAGAAGCAAAAGUUGUCUGAACAAAUCAAAAUGGCCCUCGUCUCCUCGCCGGCAUCUCCUGCUUCCUCUUCUAGACCAAAGAAGAAGAGCAUCCGCACUUCCGUCGAAGCACCAAAACCAAGCCAGUUUUCAUUUGUACAAAGCGAUCCUCACAGAUCCACCAAGUCUGCAUACAAACCAGACAAAGAUCGCUCAGACAUUCCCUCCCCUGAGCCCAAAGCUAAAAGUGCCUCUAAAAAGAAACGGUCUCAAAUCCAAAGUACGGCUCCUUUAGAAGUAGAGCGAGUGGACCUCUAUGACGAAAGAAGCCAGGAAGGAAGUGGGGGCAGUCUGUCCAGGAUUACACUGCAGCAUGUUGGGAGCCCGUUAGGCAGGACUAAAAGCAGCGGGCCGACCAUUCAGAUCCAAACACACAGUCCAGAUUUACAAAGGAGUCAUGCUCACGUGAGCGCCACGUUGCAAGCAAAGGCGCUAGCUGCACCUAAACAAGCAUCUUCCACACUAACCUCUCACAAGACUGCUCCUCUCACUGAUCUCCAGCCAUCACAGGUGAGCCAGGUCACGCCCCCUCCACGCACAGUCAACAGCCUCAUGGAGGGCCUUCGUCACAGAGCUGAACUCCCCUCUGCCUUUCUGGGCCACUUUUCCGGCCCGCCGUCAAGAGCUGAAAAUGCUUUAAUGACCCAAAGGAAGACAGAGAAUUGCUCUGGGCGCGGCUUUGGUCAGGUGAUGCUGAGGGAGCUGCCCGGGUGGCUGGCCUUCAGGACCCCUUGCCGCCCAAAGGAUGUGGUGGAAAUGAUGCAGAGAGGCUGGGGGUGGUACUACAGAAAGUAUAUUGACGUGAGGAAAGGUGGCAUUGGCGGCGUGGGCAUGCUGUUGGCAGGGUAUUGUGUGCUCAGCUACAUCUGGUCUUACCCCCAUCUUAAGCGUGAUCGCUGGAGGAAGUACCACUAGGUGACAUCUUGCUCUUCUCGAAAUGUCUUCUGCAUUGUUGAAUAGUUUGUGAUAUUUGUCUUUAUUUCAACAUGUUUUUAUUUCUGUCACAUACGUAGGACAUGACGUUGCAUUAUUUAUUUUGGGAGUUUAACUAUGUGAGGUUUUACGUUGACAGGUGUGUAGGAUCACAGUCCUCCACUGGGUGUCACUGUUGCCUCGUGCCACAUGAAAUGUGUUGCUGUUUGUGUGUGACGAGCUUCUUAGAAGAUCAAAGGGAGCGAGCUGAUUUUAUGGUUAGAUCAAAUCUGGCUACCGAAAUUCAAACUAUCCUGAAGAAUCUCUCGAGGGUUUUUUGUGGAGGUUGUGUAAGACCCCCUGUCCCAUCAUAGGAUGUGAUUAUGCAGACUGGGUUCCUUGAUCAGUGAACUUCUCAGACAAACUGGGCCUCUUUGUUUUUUGUAUUCAAAAUGAAUUUAUUGUUGCUGUUUAAGCUACAAAUGAAGAAAUUACUACAUACAAAAAUUAUAAAUAUUUUGGAUUUUUAGUUACUUCUAGAAAACAAACUAUACAGAUCAGACAAACUAGUGAGAAGCAGGAAACAAUCGCAGGCCUGCACGCCAAAAUAACAAAGCAGGGCUUAAAAAUUACUUUUUCAAAUAAAGGAAAUGAUUUUGUCAAGAACUUGACUUUCCACACCAUGUUUUUAAAAAAGGCCUUCAGUGUGUUGCACAAUCUAUAACCAACACCAAAAAAAGCCUUUCAACUUUGGCAGCAAUUGCUUGCUGGGCAAAGAAAAGAAGUGAAAACACGGCGGAUAUUCAGUUCUUCAUGGUUUAUACAUGAUUUGAUAUGUUGUGGAUCACAACAGCAGUUUUAUUGUGACUUCACGCUUGACCACGCUUUGUUUUGGUUGUGCUGCUGAGAAGAAGAAAGUUACUGAGUAGAAAGACCAAGGCAGUCCAAAGACCAGACUGCAUAGAUCAGUAAUAUAGAACAACAUGCAAAAGGCAGACACGAGUGUACAAUCAAGUUACGCUCCAGCAUUCUCUUUUUUUUUUUUUUUAACAAAAACAUCCACAAAUAAAAUUGCCGAUUUAAAAAAAUAACAUAGUCAUUUAUCUUCCUCAAUCUGAGGAUUACUGAUUAAGCUCCCCUAACACAAACACAAUGAAAUGAUCUAUGUGUGUGUGUGUGUGUGUGUGUGUGUAGGAGCUUGCAUACCUUUAAGGUACAAAAUAAAAGCCAAAGUGUGACUUAAGCGCCAGAAACAAUAUUGCAGUAACGCUCCUAAAGUAAAAGUGGCGGAGUGUGAUGUGACAGGUUACCAUCCAAGACAAGCAGUACCUGAAAACAAGCAAUUUAGUGCAAUUUGUUAACUGAAAAGGAGCCAGGUGAGUGUGAUGCAGGUAGGAAAGCAGCCAACAGUGGAACCUCCAAAGUGGAACAAACCUGUACAGGUGUAAAUGAAAUGAACAUUUUAAUGUCAACAUGUCGUACAGUGGAAGCCGCCUGUAUCCACGACCGACGUCAACAUUUCCACCAGAGACAUAAGGAGAAUGGGCCACGUUCACAUGGGUUUUGUGCAGAUUUGUACUUAGAUUCUUGUGUUUUCAUGCUAUUUUAUACUCUUACUCUAAGCUCAUUUCCUUGUAUGUCUCAACUACAAUGGUUGGAGGCUAAGAAUAAAAACAACCUAAUAAAAUGGCUGUUGAAUCUAG